GUUGGGUAACACCUGGCGCUUUCUACCUUACCUAGGUAUAAUUGAAUAAUUUCUCCAAAGCAAAUAAUAAGCACUUUCGACUGUUUAUUAUACUUCUUGACUUUACGAUCUAUUCACCUUCUUAAUCUCUCUUAUUUUGACUCACAUCCGGCUGACGAUAAGAUUUACAAAUAUUUCUUUAUUUGCGUAACAUUGAUAAUUCCAAUGAAUCUCUUUAUAAAUGCGAUUGCCUUCGCAUAAUGAAUAUAUUUAAUUGGCAAACAUUUCAAUUGGAAAUUUAAAGUAUACAAACAAUAAAAAUCAAAUAUUAUAAAGCACUCAUGCGUAUUUCAGACAAACACAUUAAUUAUUUGUAUAAUAAUUAUAUAAUUUUGAGAAAAAAGGUUCUACGAAAAGAAAGAAACUUUGAUAUACAGGCAGUAGACAAAUUAUCGAAGAGAUUGCACGAACAGUACGGGAACAUCGUAAAGAUAGAAGGUCUUUUAGGUAGACCGGAUAUGGUAUUUGUAUACGAUGCAAAUGAAAUUGAGCGUAUCUUUCGACGGGAAGAAAAAAUGCCUCAUCGACCUUCUAUGCCGUCACUUGACUACUACAAACAUGUAUUGCGAAAAGAUUUCUUUCAAGAUAAUCCCGGAGUCAUUGCCGUCCAUGGUGAUAGCUGGUACAAUUUUCGGAGCAAGGUGCAGCAAGUGAUGCUGCAGCCGCGGACCGCGAAAAUGUAUAUCGGCGCGAUCGAGGAAGCCAGCGCGGCAUUCCUUCGCAGAAUAGCAAAAAUACGAGAUAAGAACCACGAGGUACCUAACGACUUUCUCAACGAGCUACACAAGUGGUCCUUAGAAUCAAUUGCACGGGUUGCAUUGGAUGUACGUUUAGGUUGCUUGGAUGACGACGCGGACGCGGAAACACAGAAGCUCAUAGACGCGUUGAUCACUUUUUUCAAAAACGUGCCCGUGCUCGAAUUAAAGAUACCUUUUUGGAAAAUCUUCAAUACACCCACGUGGCGACAAUAUAUAAAUGCUUUAGAUACUAUUGUGAGUAUAAUAUCAAAAUAUACAUCUGCCGCUCUAUCGAGAGCCAAGAGCAAUAUAGAUUCGGACAAAGAACUGUCUCUUUUGGAAAGAGUUCUAGCUCUUGAAGGCGAUACAAAAGUAGCCUCCAUUCUCGCUUUAGAUUUGUUUUUAGUUGGCGUUGAUACGACCUUAACUACAGUGGCUUCGGUGCUGUAUCAAUUAGCGUUACAUCCAGAAAAACAGGCAUUAGCAUAUGAAGAAAUCUGUAAUAUUCAUUCGCAAACAGACGCACCUCUCGAAGCGAUAAAUAUAGAUAAUUUAAAAUAUUUAAGAGCAUGCAUAAAAGAAACUCUAAGAAUGUAUCCAGUUGUUAUAGGCAACGGGCGAAGUACAACUUCGGAUACUAUAAUUGGCGGUUACUACGUGCCGAAAGGAGUGCACGUGGUAUUUCAACACUAUGUCAUUAGCAAUCUAGAGAAGUACUUUCCCCGGUGUCACGAGUUUCUUCCAGAACGGUGGUUGCGCGAAGACAAAGUUCGUCACAGAUUCGCGUCACUUCCUUUUGGUUAUGGCAGACGAAUGUGUCUUGGGCGACGAUUUGCUGAGCUCGAAAUAAUUAUAGUCAUUAGCAAGAUUCUGCAAUUUUAUAAAGUAGAAUAUCACUAUAAAAAAUUGGAAUAUUAUGUUAAUCCGAUGUAUACGCCGAAAGGACCGUUGAAGCUGAGAUUUAUUCAGAGAUAAUUUUUGCAAAAAAUAGAGAUAGUAUUCAUACUUUUCAUGAGGAAUAAAAAUAUUAUUUAUAAACUUUCAUUAAUAAAUACAUGUAAUAUUGCGUUUCACCAGUGUUUAAUUUCUAAAUGCAUUUUAGUUACAAAUAAAUAAUUUUCUACAAUAUGUAUAUAAUGUCGACCUUAUUAUGUAUUUUCCGAUAACAAAUACAAAUCUUAGAAUUUCCAAUGGAUAUUAUCAUAUCUCUGUAAUGUAACAUAUAUAAUUUAAUCAAAUUUUGUGAAUGUAUAAUGUUCAUAGAGUUUUAUUAAUAAUAAUCUACAAAUUUCGAGAUAUUUUCUUUGUUCUAGCUAUUUUUAUUUUUGUUUUUAACCUAUCUUACAAUAUCAUAUCGCAAGACUUAUAGGAUAUAAAUAAUGCUAUCUUUUUAUUACUUUAAACCUAAGUUCUCCAUCGGGCGCAUACAUGAAAGUGACCUUGUAUU